AUAAUUUUUGAAUGAAAGUGUCAUUUUCUAUAGAAACGUGUACGGACGAAGUAUUGUUUUGAUUUUUGAACACAUUUCCAUGCUCGUCGUCUUUAAUUUCGACUAAAAAUGUCUCAAAAUCCAGACGAUUUUCAAAAACCGAAGCUGCCGACGCCAAAAAUUCCGGAUCUGUAUCAACGUUUGACGACGCCACACUUUUCAACGCCAGCCGGGAUGCUGUUAAAAGGCUCUUUGCAACCUCCGCCGAUGUACGGACUACGAGGCUCGACAAUUGCUCCGAAAUUCCUGCCAAAACCCGCUCCGACAUACAAAGAACUCGUUAUGGAACGUCCCGCGUACAAGAAACCCGUCGUCCCGCCACCUCUACCGGAGCCUUCUGUUUUUUGUGACUUUUGUGAUCGCUCGUUUCGCACCACGGAUCAACUUGACAAGCACAAAAUGCAAACGCAUCGCGAGCUAAUGGGCAUCAAACCGCGCGUUUAUACGCCCGAAGAGAUAAAUGAGUGGAAGGAAGCUCGGAAAAAGCGAUAUCCGACGACGCAGAAUAUUCUGGCGAGACAACAAGCGCAGGAAGAGCGGAUUAAACGCGGCGAACGACUUCAAGAAUCGAAAUCGCGGUUCGGCAGGAAGGAAGAACGACGACAACCGACACAGAAAAGGGAAAAUCACGACAAUUCGUGGCAGGAACGGAAGAAAAAAUUCCCUCCUAGCAAGAAAUUUGUGCCAAUUGAACCAGUUGAGGAACCAAAAACGGUCGAAGAGGAUGCGGAAACAUUAAAUGGCCUUCCAAAAUUCAAAGGAACUUCGACCUUAACGAAUUACGAGCGAACUCUAGUGCUGAAACAGACAAGUGCCUUAUCAUUUUUAGGCUCGUAUGGCAGCGGAUCCGAGUCUGACGAAGAAGAAAUCGAAGAAAAUCCAUUAGAAACGCCAAAAAAUGAAAUUCCAGACGAUGAAAGACCCGAAGAGACGCCAAUUGUGAAAAUUGAUCCUUUCACAGAUGCGGAAAUUGCGUCGACACCGAACCAUGAACCGCCGCCGAAAGAUGUUUCAAACGAAAAUUCAUCGAAAAAGCGACAACGGAAGAGAAAACAUUCAAAAGACGAGACACAAACAGAAGAAAUUGCCGUGGAAACAGAGAAAAAUAAAGAAAAAGUGCCAAAACCGAGACCAUCGAGCUCAAAACGUCAAGCACAAAGACCUCCGUGGUACAGUCGGUACCGAAGAUAUCAAAAUACAAUGUUGGAAAAGCUGCUACAGCCGGAAAUUCGUCACGAGAGAAACGUUUUGUUGCAAUGUGUGAGGUUUGUGGUCGAAAAUAAGUUUUUCGGGAUCGGAUCUGAGAACAGCUGCACAGAAAAUCCAGCUUUAACUGAAGAAAACACCUCAAAUAAUGACAAAAAUGAAUAA